AUGUGGGUCGUCGGCCUCACCGGUUCAAUCGGGAUGGGCAAGUCUGCGGUCUCAGACAUGCUGCGCGGGCUGGGCGUCCCUGUAAGCGACGCCGACGCGAUCGUGCAUGCCAUCUACGCAAAGGGCGGGGCGGCUGUGGAGCCGCUCUCGCGCGAGUUUCCCGGAGUGGUCAUCGACGGGGCAGUGUCGCGGCCGGCGCUCUCCAAGGCCGUCUUGGGCGAUGCGGCCGCUCUCAAGCGGCUCGAGGCGCUCGUUCACCCUCUGGUGCGUGCGGCGAGGCGCGACUUCCUCGCUCGCGCGCGCGCUGCUGCUGAGCCACUCGCGGUCCUCGACAUACCGCUCCUGUACGAGGCGGGCUGCGAGAAGGAGUGCGACGAGGUCCUCGUGGUGAGCGCGCCGCCAAGCGUGCAGCGAGAGCGCGUCCUGUCGCGCCCAAACAUGCGCGCGAUGGCGCCGGAAGAGGCGGCGGCAAAGUUUGAGGCGAUCCUGGCCAAUCAGCUCCCCGACGCCGAGAAGCGCAAGCGCGCCCACUGCGUCAUCGACACCGGCGCGCCAAUGGAGAGCACGCGCGCCGCGGACGCCUAG